AUGGAAGUAUUUGUUUCAGGUAUAACUUGGGUGCUGGUAUACCGAACAGACAAAUACAAGAGAUUAAAGGCUGAAGUGGAAAAACAGAGCAAGAAAUUGGAAAAGAAGAAGGAAACAAUAACUGAAUCAGCAGGCCGACAGCAGAAAAAGAAAAUAGAGAGACAAGAAGAGAAACUGAAGAAUAACAACAGGGACUUGUCAAUGGUUCGGAUGAAAUCCAUGUUUGCCAUUGGCUUCUGCUUCACUGCCUUGAUGGGAAUGUUUAACUCCAUAUUUGAUGGCCGAGUGGUGGCAAAGCUUCCGUUUAUCCCCCUCUCAUACAUCCAAGGUCUCUCCCACCGCAACCUUCUGGGUGAGGAUUACACCGACUGCUCCUUCAUCUUCCUCUACAUCCUCUGCACGAUGUCUAUCAGACAGAAUAUCCAGAAGAUGCUUGGUCUUGCUCCUUCCCGGGCUGCCACUAAGCAAGCAGGGGGCUUCCUUGGCCCACCACCUCAGGCAGGGAAGUUCUCCUAAAGCACACAGCCUUCAUGGAAGGCCUGACCAGUGCACAAGACUGCCUUUGGGAGGUAACAAGAUGGGAUUCUGCACCAGGCUUCACAGGUCCAAAACCAGCCUAUGCAGUGUUGGCCACAGACUUGGAAACAUCUUCCAUUUGGACUAUUCUACCAGCGGUUGUUUGCUCAUCAAACCAAGAAAGUUCUCAGAAGAUAACUUGACCUUUUGUUUCUGGUGUUUCUGAGAAAUAAAUGGCAAUGGGCAUGUU